AUGGGCCCGAGGGGCUUCGGGGGGCUCUGCCUCGCCCUGCUCAGCUUUGGGGUCGGUGAGUGGGGCCGGGGGGUCUGGGGUGUGGGGCUGGAAAUCAACAGGAAUGGACAAAUCCCAUUCCCAGCUCUCGGCUUCCAAGAGGAGGAGGAGAACAGGAAUGUCACCGAGGAGUGGGACGGGAAUGUCACCAGGGAGGGGACACCGGAGCCACCAGGACACCCCAGCACAGCCCCUGGGGACAGGGACACGGUGACAACCUGGUCUAGGGCCACCACGAGCCCUCCUGGGGGCGGGGACAUCGCGGGGACACCGUCGGGGAACCAAACGCGAACGUCCUCGGGUGUCCCAGCCCGCUACUGGUCCCCCGUCAUCUUCGUGCUGCUGGCCCUGCUCGUGCUCUUUGUCACCUACCACAGGAAAAAGGACAGAGGGAUCCGGGACCGGGUCCCGAACGGCAGCGACUCCUCAGAUUUGGGAGCUCUGGUCCAAUCCCACGACCUCAACCCACAGGAGGAUCCUGGGACUCCCCCAGACCCCGAGCUCAGCGAGACCCCCCUGGGGCCGCCGGGAAACAGGAACGCGGUCACGGAGCCCACAGAGCCCACAAAACCAACAGAACCCACUGACCCCAUAAACCCCACAGAGCCCACAGAGCCCAGAGAUCCCACAGAGCCCACAGAGCCCACUGAGCCCACAACGUGA